AUGGCGGAGUCGGGUUCCAAGGACACCGCAAAAGCCGAGCCGCGGCUUGAUGCCCUCGGCAUCUUCUGGAUGGUCUUCACCUUCGCCUGGACCUUCAUGCUUGCCGGCGGGAUGUACUUUCUAUGGCGUCGUCGCAAUAUGCCCUUGUUAAGAAUCCGAGGCCUGCCGCUGUCCUUUACUGCCAUCAUCCUCCUCCACCUCUACUGGGGUGCCGUCCAAACCGCUUACGUCUGGUUCCCUCUAGCCACACCCCAGGUCGAAUACUGGGUCAUGAGCACCUAUCUGCCCUUCGGCAUUGCUCUGUUUCACGCUUCCAACAGCCGAUUCCUCCAUGUAGCCAAGACCCAGAAGGAGCUCUUCGCCGCAAGCUCACACGAGAAGCCCCGCCGAUCCAAGUCCGGCCCGAAGGGUCGCUUCCAAACACUCGAUUACACCAAGAAGAUCCUUGUCCUUGUCGGUCUCGGCAUGACCUUCCAGCUUUUCCUUACAAUCUUUAUGUUUCUUAUCUCGCGAAAGUUCCACCCUUCCUUUGGCAUCCCCGGCACUGAAGUCACCGGCACUGAGGACUACCAAAAGUCUCAGAUGGGCCGCGGCUGGGAAUGGUGGCCGUCCGUCUUCUGGCAGUUCUUCUGGGCAUGGAUCGUUGCCCCCUAUAUUCUGUGGAAUCUUCAUGCUACCCCUAUGUGGCUGAUUGCUUUGUAUGUUCCUGGCAUGGCUCCCGUCAACCACGUCUGGGUUCCUCCCCAAUGGAUUGCCCUCUCAAUCAUAUUACUUGAGAUCUUUACCGUCUUCUUUCCUUGCUAUGAGGUUAUCCAGCACCAGACCCUGCGACAGGAGACCCUUGACUCUAUCGCCCAAUGGCAGCUCAAUAAGAGAGUUGUCGAUAGGGGUGCCAGGUCAAUGGUCACUGGAUCAGCCACCGUUGCCGACUCCGCCUUGACUUCCUGGUCCAAGGACAGCAAGAGCAGUGGCUCCGGCGAGAGUAUUCUUACUAUGGAGGCCCUGGAGUACGUCCUUAAACGAGACCCCGAGCCACUACAGCAAUUUUCCGCCCUCCGAGAUUUCUCUGGUGAGAACAUCGCCUUCUUAAGAGCCGUCGCUGAGUGGAAGUCCUCGCUGCCCGCUGCCGUCCGCGAUCCCGAGAAGAUCAAGGAUGCCUCCAUCCAGGAGCUCGUCCGCGAACGAUACAACAGCGCCCUCCGCAUCUACACUAACUUCGUCAGUUCCUACGACGCCAAGUUCCAGAUCAAUCUAUCUUCUCAAGACCUCCGAAAGUUGGAAGUUGUCUUCGAGAGCUCGGCCCGUAUCCUUUACGGCGAGGAGCGCCAGAUCGACCCUGCCACGCCCUUCGACUCGUUCCAGAUGACCUUAACAAAGACCAAGUCGUCUGCGGCGUCGGCUCACGGCUCCGAGACGGGCAUCAUGCAGACUGAGUCGAUCAACAACGACUCGGGGUCCAUCAGCGACAAGGCUCUCUACUGGGGGGAUAUCCCCGAGGGCUUCAACGCCACCAUCUUUGACGAUGCUGAAGGAAGCAUCAAAUACCUCGUCCUGACCAACACGUGGCCCAAGUUUGUUAAGGACCGGCGAUGCUCGACCGACUCUAACGAUACCCUCGAGGCUGGAAACGGUAUUCCCGCGGCUCGUUGA